AUGAUCAACCCCAACUACUACCCGUGGGGCUACGACAGCGACAACGGACCAGAUCAGUGGCACAAAAACUACCCAAUUGCCAAAGGACACCAUCAGUCGCCUAUUGAAAUCAAUAAUAAAGAAGUGCAUUAUGAUCGCUCCCUACUACCAUGGUUUGCUAGUUAUGAUCCUGGUGCAGCUAAGACCAUCCUCAAUAAUGGGAAAACCUGCAGAGUUAUGUUUGAUGAUUCUUUUGAUAGAUCAGUGCUGAGAGGUGGGCCACUCCCAGGAGUCUACAGGCUGCGCCAGCUUCACUUUCAUUGGGGUUCCUCUGAUGACCAUGGCUCUGAGCAUGUUGUGAAUGGAGUGAGAUAUGCAGGAGAGCUACAUUUGUUACACUGGAAUCCCAAAUACAGUAAUUACCUUGAUGCGGUCAGAAGAACUGAUGGCAUAGCUGUUUUGGCCAUUUUUUUGCAAGUAGGGAAAACUCCCAAACCAGAGAUGAAGAGGAUUCUUGAAGAAAUAAAUGCUAUUAAAACAAAGGGGAAAGAAGCUCCUUUUCCAAACUUUGAUCCUUCAAUUCUUUUCCCUAAAUCUCAUGACUACUGGACAUACCAUGGUUCUUUUACUACCCCACCUUGUGAAGAGUGCAUCACCUGGAUUGUUCUAAGAGAGCCUAUCAUAGUCAGCUCAGACCAGAUGGCAAAACUCCGCAGCCUUUCCAAGAAUGCUGAGAAUGAACCUGAGCUCCCCUUGGUCGAUAACUGGCGUCCAACUCAGCCUCGUCAUUACAGGAUGGUGAGCGCAUCAUUCUUGUAG